CAGUCGUUCAUGGGGAAUAAAGGAUUAUGUGGUGCUCCAUGUUUCCAUUUUUCGGAAUGUAAAAUUGAAAAAUCCCGAAAAUGGAAUGCACAUAUUGUGUUGACAUAUAUUUUAUCUGCAGCAAUAGUUGCCACCCUUCUUGUGGCAUUCCUUUGCAUCCUAAAAUUCCGGAAGCACAAGGUGGUCAACAAUUCAGAGGUGGAUCAAUCGGGAGCAAGAUGGAGAAGAAUAUCAUACUAUGAAAUUCAGCAAGCAACAGAUAGGUUCAAUGAUGGCAACUUGCUUGGUGUAGGGAGUUUUGGAAGAGUGUAUAAAGGAGUACUCUCAUAUGGGACGAACGUUGCAGUGAAAGUGUUUAAUCUGGGACUAGAAGGAGCAUUCAGGAGUUUCGAUGCUGAAUGUGAGAUAUUGCGCAGUGUCCGCCAUCGAAACUUAACCAAAAUCAUUAGCAGCUGCAGCAACAUGGACUUCAAGGCAUUGAUCCUAAGCUACAUGCCUAAUGGGAGUUUAGAGAGGUGGCUUCACUCGGAACACCAUGGCUUGAGUAUGAUCCAGAGGCUAAACAUAAUGAUAGAUGUUGCAGAAGCAAUGGAUUACCUGCAUAAUGGUGGUUCUGUACCAAUUAUACACUGUGAUUUGAAACCCAGCAACAUAUUACUAGAUGAAGACAUGGUUGCCCACGUGACUGAUUUUGGCAUUGCAAAAUUGCUGAGUGGGGAUGACUCCAUCACUCAAACCAUGAACCUAGCCACAAUAGGCUAUAUGGCCCCUGGUGAGUUUCUUAUUUAA